GCAGAUCUUCCCCACUGCGGCCCUGCCUUGACUCUUGUUCUUGUCCUCUCUCACAGCUGUGGUCCUUGUCCGGAGGAAGAGUCGGCUUCCUUGGCCAUGGAUAUCUCGUGUUUCCCUGCACAGGAGCUACCAAGCCCUGGGGCUGCUCCCACUAGCGGUGAGCCCCGAAGCCAGCCUGUUGUCCCUGGGCCGGAGUCGGAGCACUUGGCUACCCUGUCAGACAUUCCCCUGGAACAGUCGCCCGUUGCCACAGGCCAGGAAGACGCUUCUCCUUCUCCAGCUCUCCCGGAAGCUGUGGAUCCCUCCCAUCCGGUCUCCCUCUCCCUUUACAUGCUGCGCCUCCCUCCCCCAGCGGGUGCCUACAUCCAGAACGAGCACAGCUACCAGGUGGGGAGUGCCUUGCUGUGGAAAAGGCGAGCCGAGGCCGCGCUCAACGCGUUGGGGAAAGCCCAGCGGCAGCUGCAAGCCUGCCGGAGGCGAGAGCAGCGUCUCCGCCUGCGCAUCUGCGAGCUCCAGCGCGAACGGCAACCACACAGCGCCAACACCCAUCGAGGGCUUAAGGAGCACCUGCAGGUCUUUGAACUGCAGCUUCUCAAUGACCUUGAGUAACCCUGGGUUGGGCCAACACCUGUGUUUCCCCGAUUGGCAAAGUCAUAGCCUGGAGCUGUAUCCUUCUGUCAGCCGAGCUGUGUCAGAGCUUGAGGCCGUACGAACUGGUGUGCCACUCAGCACUUGCCUCCUUCCUCUUUGUGUUUACUCCCUACUUGUAAAUAAAAGUUGUUUUGUAUGAGUGGGAUGCUCCCAGCUCAGCUGUAAACA